AUGGAGAAGAAUCAAUCGAAAAUAAUCCAACACUUCGUGAAGCAAGCCUUUGCUUCCUCCAGCGCUAACGCUCUCGCUUCUGUCCUUGUUGAAGCCACUUCUCACCGCAAACUCUUCAUUUUCUCAGAAAUUCUCUCCCUCCCCAAUCUUCAACAGCUUGCAGAAACUGAGAAUUCUGUAUACUUUGAUAUGCUUCGGUUGUUUGCACAUGGAACAUGGAGUGAUUACAGAAGUAAUGCCGAUCGUCUUCCACUGUUGUUACCUGAUCAGAUCCUCAAGCUUAAGCAACUUACUGUUCUUACACUGGCUGGGACAUACAAGAUCGGCGGGACAAACGAGGUAUUUCCUGUUCCACCCGCUGUUAUUGGCUAUCUUGUGUUACUAUUUUACUUGAUAGCUGUUAUCGAGCUGAUUGCAAGCGGUCUAACAACUACUCAAUGUAGCCCUUUAGCCAAGAGGGCUUUCGGGUCUUUCUUUUUGGCCUUUGUACUACCCUAUGACAAACUGAUGCAGGAGUUAGAUGUGACAAAUGUUCGUGAACUUGAAGAUUUUUUAAUUGAUGAAUGCAUGUACCUGGUCAAGUUUGCAGCACGUAGAGACUUGAGGCCCACUCAACUAGGGAGUAUGAUACAGACACUCUCUAACUGGUUGUCUACAUCAGAAAAUCUGCUUGUUUCAGUUGAAGAGAAAAUAAAGUGGGUUGAUGCUAGGAAUGAAAUUGAGAAGAAGCACAGGAAGGAUAUGGAAGAGAACCUGCAAAAAGUAAAGAAUAAUAUUCGUGCCAAGUUGUGGUUUGGUGCCAUAAUAGAUGUAUCUAUCCUAUGGGAGGCAGGAUUAUUUUGUGUGAAAGUACCUAGUUUUGGGGCAUUCAUGGGUGGAAUUCUGACAGAACUUGAUCAGAAUUAG